AUGAGUAAAGAAAGCACACGUGGCUCAGAGGCACGCUCCUCAGCUGUUAGUUCUGCCAGCAGUCUUCCACCUGAACUAGUUCAAGCGGGUUGGGGACAGUUCUGGAGCAAGCGUGAAGGCAGAUAUUAUUACUUUAACAAACUCACCAAUGAAUCUCGCUGGGAACUCCCUGUCAUUGGGAUGACACAUGAUCCCCUCACAGACCCUCUGCGUAUCAACACAGCGGCCUGUGCCAGUGAGGGGCUGAAUGACCAAGCCUCAGCUUCCCUGGACAGCAGCCUGGGUCAGUCAGGAGGUGACAUCAAUCCAGUAAUGGCUGCCCUGAAACGACGAGCAUGUACACAGCUGUUUGGUGGCAGCAGCAAAAGGGCACACUUAGGCUACAAACCCUUCUGGAACUUUGAAGUGCCUUCCAAUGCUGUUGUCAGAGAACGGGCUCCCCUACACCUGUCUCCACCGCACCCUGAUAUUGAAGCCUUCAGGUAUGACCAGGUGAUGAAGCUGCGGCAGAGCUAUCAGGAGUUGUGUCUGCACCAGGAAGGAAUUGAUGCCCCCAUAGACUCUUUAAACCGCUGGUUGCUGGAACGCAAAGUGAUUGACAGGGGUCAAGAUCCAGUUCUGCCAUCAGACUGUACUCCAGAGGUGUCCAAGUCCUUGGUGCAUGAAAUCAUGAACGAUAUACCCAUUAAACUGAUCAGGCCAAAGUUGUCCGAAGAUGCCAGGAAGCUGCUGUUUAAAUAUGCAGAAGGAGCCAAGAGAUUGGUUGAGACAAAAAAAGUUUCCCUGGAGAGUGUCAAGAUUGUGAAACAGAAUGUUGAAGAAACUUUCCGCUGGUUGCGGUCUCGGCAUAAUGUCUCAUUUGAGGAUUACCUGGAGCGGCUGACACAGCUGAAGCGGAGGUGUGAGCCCAGUAUUUAUGAAGCUGCCGAGGCAUCUGUAGAGAGUGUGGUGAGGAGGAUCUACUGUCUGUCAGUGGAGAGUUGCCAGAAGAUUGGGCACAAGACCUCUGAGGUUCUCAGAGCACACAACAUUCAAGAAGGAAGUCCAGUGCCUGAGCCGUUAGAGCCUCGCCUGACCCAAUGUUCCCCUGUCCAGCUCAGUAUUCCAUCACCCCGUAUGCCUUAUGUGGAGAGAGUCAUUGAAGAGGAGGUGGUCUCCCUUCAGUACGGGGGAGAAACUCUCACCAUUAAUCAAGAACAUUUCUGGAAAUUGGAAGAAAUAUAUGGACUGAACUGCCAAGAUGAUCCACGAUUUGACCAUUUCCUGGCCAGAGUUUGGUGUUUACUCAAAAGAUAUCAGGCUUAUUUUGGCAGCCGACCAAACGAAGGCAAAGGCAACCAGGGUGCCCUAAGUCCUGCCUUGAUGGAGACCCUACACCGAGUGUUUAAUGUCAGCUUUGAGUGCUUUGCUUCUCCAUUCAACUGUUUCUUCAAGCAGUUUUGCUCUGCCUUUCCUGACACAGACGGUUACUUUGGAUCACGGGGACCAUUUCUGAGGUUUUGUCCGACCAGUGGCUCCUUUGAAGCCAAUCCCCCAUUCUCAGAAGAGUUGAUGGAAGCAACUGUAGACCACAUGGAGAGCCUGCUUGGUGAGACAGCGGAACCUUUGUCAUUUAUCGUCUUCAUUCCCGACUGGAGAGAUCCACCAACUGAAGCCUUGAUUCGUCUGGAGAGCAGCAGGUUUAAAAGGAAGCAGUUUAUGUGUCCCCCCUUUGAACAUGAGUACAGGAAUGGCUUUCAGCAUUUGCCUAGUGCCAGAAAGGAAAUGAACUGCAAGGCUGUUUUUGGAACUCUAGUCGUGUUUCUCCAGAAUGAGGCUGGAUAUGCAAAGUGGACACCGACUGCUGAGAAAAUCAAAGAGCUUGUCUUGGCUUCGAAGACAUGA